AUGAAGCUCCAGAACAACAUCUCAUACCAGAUGGCUGACAUACACCGGCUAAAGGAACAACUGGCAGAGCUGCGGCAGGAGUUCAUCCGCCAGGAAGAUCAGUUGCACGAGUACAAGAAGAACAACACCUACCUGAGCAGGAGGCUGGAGUAUGACAGUCUGCAGUGUGGGCAGCAGAUCAAGGAGAUGAGGCUGCAGCAUGAGGAGAACAUCAAGAAAUUAAUGGACCAAGUUGCCCAGGAACAAAAGGCCACACAAAACAUUCAGUCCAGCAGGGACACCGAGGUCAGUCCCAGUAGUGAUGCCCAGGCAGUCCCUGAGGCUGCUGCAGGGGUGGAAGAUCAGAACACGGUGAAGAAUGAGCAGCCUUCAGAGCAUGAUGUGGAUGGCAAAGAAGAUAACGACCCUGCUAAGGCUGUGGAUACUCCCACUGCUCUGAAGAAGCCUCUUAUGUCAGCUCCUAAGAGUGAAGGGCAUGAGCCUGUGCUGAGCCUCCCCACUCAGCAGCCCCAUGCUGCAAACCUGGCCCCAGGUGUGCCCAGUGACAACGGUGCCAACGCUGACGGUGUCCAGCAGAUCCCUCCCAAUUCCCUCCAGCACCUACACUUGGAAGACAACAUGGAAGCCCAGAAAGAGCCCAAAAUCGAGACAGAGCAGAUCAAAAUCCCAAAGAGCAAAGUUAGUGACCUGCAGAAGAUGAAGCAAAGCCGGUUCUUUGAUGAGAAUGAAUCCCCUGGGGACCCUCAGCAGGGUUCCAAACUGGCAGAUUAUAAUGGGGAUGAUGGGAACGUGGGUGAGUAUGAGGCAGACAAACAGGCUGAGCUGGCUUACAAUGAGGAAGAGGAUGGUGAUGGUGGAGAAGAAGACGUCCAAGAUGACGAGGAACGAGACCUGCAGAACGACCUGGGGGACUACAGCAAGUCCCGUUUCAGCCACGGAGUGCUCUAGGCCUGGUACCCAGGGCAUGGGCAGGACAGCUCAGCCCACGAACUGGAGGUGCUGCACAACUGGACUAUGUUUGCUCCAGGGUUUCCUACUUCCAAGGAAGCUGUGAGUGAAGUGCUGCAUGUGCUCAGUCAGCAGGAGGAGAGGACCCUGCUCUGUACAUAUGUACAUA